CGGAUCGCGUCAACCGCCGUCAUCGCUCGCGUCGUCCGCCGUCCGCCGCACAGUACACGCGCGACAUUGCGACAACAGCGACGAAUACGCAAAAUUAUUAUCGCAAACCUAAAAGCCGCCCGGUCAUUGUUCACAACGCCCGUCGCGUUUCGGUCGUAUUCGUACCGCGGUACCGGCGAAAUUGUCGUUCAAUAAUAUCGCGCACCGCCUUUGCACCAUGCGCGCCGCGCGCGCAGCGACAAGAACCACGACGCCGGUGCCGGAGUCGCGUCCGCGAAAGGCCUAGGGGUUCGUGCCCGGAGGGUGGACACCGCCGUCUCUUCGAAACCUAACCCGACCCAACCGGACGUGACGCGACCGCCAUGUCCGCCGCCGCGACCGGUCCCGGCAGGAACAUUAACAACAACGUGAUCGAGACCGCCGACCGGAAAUGGAGUCCGGAAGUCCACACGAAAAUAUUCAUACCGCCCAUAAACAUCGUACCGUCGCCCAAAACGACGCGGUUGUCGUCCAAAGGUAAGGGUCGGUCGUUCUAUAUCCGCAUAGUGAAGGGCCGCUGAAAUCCGACGAAUAAAUAUAAAAUACGAACAAGAAUUAUUAUUUCAAGAAUUUCAAUACUAUAAACGACAGCGAGCAAUAAACUAGAAAUGCAUUUGUACAUGUACAAAAGUCAUUGGACGAUUUUCAAAUAGUACCAUAAUAUGCGGAAAAAAAUAUUAAUAAUGUUCAGCUGCCCUAAAAGCAUAAAUAGGGGACACGCAUAAAAAUAUGGAAUUUCUAAGGCUUCCUACCCUAUUUGUUUUUUUUUUUUACAUUUAACCGACAGUUAAAGGUAAAAUCGUGUUCUCAUCUCAUUUUAUCCAUUUUUCUACCAUCGUUUAAACAUUCGUUGGACAUUUGUUACGUUCGUACAUGCUUAUUGCUUAUCAACUAUUAUAAUUGUCAAAGGGCUCUGACCAAAUGUAUCUGCUUCGCACCAGAGGUGCCCUGAAUAGUGAAUAUAGUUUUAGUGGGUGUGUGUUGAAUCGUUCGAAUAUUGACAAAAUUCUAUGACCUAAGUUCAUACGAAAUUCUAAAAUGAUUUAAUUCCAUAGCCAUGCCGUCACCCAACGAUUAUAAUCAGUAAAUUAGUAUUGUUCCUAACCUCAGAUAAUGCACAUUGUAUUUGUAUCUUUGAAUAAGUAUUUGUUUUUUUUUAUUUUUUUUUUUUUUUAGUAAAUAAAUCAAUAUGAUAAAAUUAUGUGAAAAGAAUUCUUGAUUAGUGCGUAUUUUUUUACACGGGGUUAGGUAGGUAUCAUUUUAUACAAAUUGAACCACCAUAAUACUAUACAAUAUGUUUGGUCGUCUUUGAUUCAAACCUCUACUACCGCAUAAUACGUUGUGUAUGUACCGAGGACGGAGGGUGACUUGCACGCGCGUAUCUAUUGCACUACAUCACGUGCGACCGCUUUAUACCACAAUAUCAAGGUUAGGUUAGGUUAGGUAUUUACCGGACGCCGCGGGACCGUAAUAAUAAUUUCUAGGUAUAUUACUCGGUAAUUAUAAUAUUGUUACACAAAAUAUGAAUAUUAAAUUAUUAUAAGGUAUAGGAACCUAAUUAUUUAUCUCCCACACGUAAUAUUUUAUAGGUGUUUGGUUUACGGCGACGAAUGGUUCAACGAACUUGAAAUAAUUUUUUUUUUUUCAUCAAAUUUCUCAAUAAAAGUAAAUCGUAAUCGAAUUUAUAUGAGAAGAGUUCAUUCACAUUCACACUUUUUUUAUUUAUAUAUAUAUAUAUUUUUUUACAAUGAAACGAUUACACUUGUAAACUAUAUAAUUAAUUAUAUAGUGUCACAAUAGUCAGAUGUAGAAAAAAAAACUACAUAUUUUUCUCAUAUACCUUACAAUACACAUAUAAGUAUAAAAUAUAGGUAUUGUUCUAUACUAUUUGUAACGAAAUUUGAAUGAACUAUUUCAGUAUAAAUAAGAACUACAAGUUAAAUAUAAGUAAGGUAAUUGUACUUAAUGCAUAUUAAGUACAACAUUAAAAUAAUUUUAUCGACGUCACUUUGAUAAUACAUGUAAUAUACAGAUUACUUAUACAUGGUAUAAGUUAUAGGUACAUACUAUAUAACACUGAAAAUUACUAUUCAAUUCUUAGUUCUGAGUUAUUCAAUAAUAUCGUAUAUUUUAAAAUGUCCAUUGAUAUUAGUAUUGACACAAGGAGGCAGGGGGGAAUGUUCUCUUGUUUAAAGUAUAUGGGAUAAACCUAUUAUUUACCCCCUCUCCCCCAAUAAAAUACGGAUAAAACUUUAAGAAAAACAAAAAAAAAUAUUUAAAUUCGAUGUUUAUUGACAUUUUUAGUUGAUUUCUCACGAACGAAAAUAUUUUAUAUUACAAUGUUAAAUGACAUUAUUUCAUUAUUUUAUAAUAUAACUGAUAUCAUGGUUUCGAAAAACCCCGUCAAAAUUGAUUAUAUUCCUGUGACAUUAUCACUAUUCACUACACAAAUUAUAUCACACCAUUUAUAUUUUUGCUUCUCUUCCCCCACACGAAUAAUAGUUCCUGCGCCUUUAUCCAAGAAUGAUUUCAAGAAUCGCAGUUACCUGCAGUAUCAGCCACGUAGAUGAAUAAGAAUUAAAUAAAUGCAUAUUGUUCAUAAAACUAAAGCCUCAUAAGUUAUAAAAUAAUUUUUCAAAAAACCGUUUUUAUGUUGUGAUUAAUUUAAAGCAGGAGUGGACGCAAGACAAGAAAAAAUUUCAGGGAUUAAAAAUAAUAAUAAUUAAUACCGUUAUUUUUUUUUUUAAUGAUUUAUUAUAUUUUUAUUAAUUUGAAAUACCUGAUCCCCAUAGUUUUCGAGGUGGGGGAAAGUUGAACCUCCAAGAUCCCUAUCCGCGUUCGUCACUGAUUGAAGGGUUUGUAUAAAACGAGUAUUAAGUCACAAUCUUCGUUAAUUUUUCGUUAAGUGUAAAAUGUUAAAUUAUUUGUUAUUUCUAUAAUAAAAUUGUAAUUUAAAAAUAAUUAAUAAAGAAAAUUCGUUUAUCUAUAGGCAUUAAUAAUUACAGCAAUAAUUAAUCGAUUGUAAAAAAAUAACCGUAAAUAUCGUAGACUAAAAAUCAAUUGAUAUUAACAAUAUAGUCAUAUAGGUAUUAAUAUAAUUUUUAUUAAAUUCCAACAUAAGUCAAGUAAUUGAAAAACCAUAUGAUUAUUUAAAAUGCAUGUGCGAUGAGCUCUAUGAAUGGUAUUCAUUUAAAUAUAUAAAAUGUUAUUGUCUGACAGACUCGUUUUUUUUCGUGAUAAAGAAACUUAUUCGAAUAGGAAAAAAACGACCGUUUCGAACUGUAUACGCAUCCGAAGGGGUGCGAUAUGGAGGGUUGUGGAUUUGCUCCCCCGGGUUUUCGGAAAUAUGUUAAAAAUCGAAAACUAUUGUGCGGAAAAAAAUUCACCAAUUUAUUAUUAACUUGGCCCUCCCCCCAAUUUACAAAUGUCUACUGACGCAUAUAUACGGUUUAAAUACUACCGGUUUUAUUGUAGCAAAUCAAAAAGAAUUUUUUUUUUUUUUUAUAAAUUUGAACGGUUUUAUCGUUAUGGUGUAUUUUCGUGGCCAAGAUCCGGCACUUUGAACAUUUGCAUAAAUUCGUAUUGUAUUAUGUCAUGGUACAGUUAUAUGAAUAGGUACGCACAUAGUGCAAAAAAUUAUUUAAAUACGAAUUUUUUUUAAAUAUUUUAGUCACUUUUUCGUGUCAAGGAAUACGUUUUUAAUAACGAUUCUUUUUUUAUUUUUUUUAUAUAUAUAUAUCAUGUAAUUAUAUUCACGAACGUGUCGUUCCACAUUUGUUUUCAGAAUUAUUAUCCGUUGCUAUUUGAAAAUAAUACAAUAAUAGUAUACAGCUACUCAGGUGCUUCAAAAGUGAAACUUUAAUUUUGCAUUUUUCGCCGUUUUUCUAAUUUGUGUAAUUAUUUUUUUAAACGAAAAACCGUCGGAUCUAUGACUUUACUCUGUACUAAAAUACCACACAACUUUAAUAUGAUGUUUUAAUUCGUUUCAAUUGAUUAUUUUUUUUUUUAUUUUUUUUUUUACACAUACGUGAGUAUAGAAUAUAUGGUGUGUAUCCGUAACCGUCAUUUGAAAGAGUAUACUGGGAAGACCCACUUGGUAGUUUAAUAAUUAGUGUGUUCAUUCGUUGACAACCCCGAGUAUUUUUGACGGAUAUGAUAAGAAUGAAUGAAUGGAUCAAUUAAGUAUUUAAUUGUCGUGGAUUUUUCGAUUUAACAGAUUAUUAUUAUUAUUAUUAUUUGAUUUGACACGAUAUAAAUCAUCUUUUGUUAUAAUUGAUAUUUGAUAUACGAGCGUGUGCACGCAAUCGUUGACCAAAGUACCGCGGUUAAUCGAGUGGACGGAACACUCUGGUGUACCAAAAGGUUACGAACCAAAACGUUCAGUCCGUUUGUUUGAAAAAAUUUACUGUUUCCCUACUAUUCGUACCGACCAAUCACGUCAAAGAAUUUGUACCCACGUACACGUACACGUAUUUAGCGGAAACCCGCCUUUAGACGUAUUCCGGCGAUAUUAUUAUUUCACCGCAACCGAUACUAUAGUGGCGCGCUCCCACAGAAUUUGUCGAUAUUAUAACGUAACAAUUAUUAUAUUAUUGUGUUUUCAUCGAGGUGAUUAGUAAUCGUUUGUUGUAACUGUUUUCACAGCAGAGACCCGGCGGCCUGUAGCAGAAGUCCCGUCGGCACGGCGAACGAAUAUGAUUGCGGUGGGUAGCGGCGGGAGUAGCGACAGUAGCGACGGGGGCAGUCGAGGAAGUGGCCGAGGUCGUCGGCAUCCGGUGUCCCGGAACGCUUCGUACCGCCAGCCGCCGGUGACGCCCAUGUCGGCCCGUGCGCUGUCACCCAGUCUGCGGUCUGUGGUGCCGCCCGGUUCGCCACCCGGGUCCGCGGCCAGGAUGGCCGGCUCCUCAAGCCUGAACUCGACGGGCGGCGGUGGUCUGUUGGCGACCGUUAACCAUAAACAUCAGCCGACGCAAGACGCGUCGUCGCCGCUCCGGUCCUGGUCGGACGCCGUGUCCGUCCGUUCGCUGGCGUCCAUCGGCAUGGGAUCCACCGACGGCCGAAAGCUGACCAUCGCCAAGGUGCCGACUUCGCCCGCGGAACUGCUCAAUUUGGCCAGCCCUAAAACGUAAUUAUCAAAUGAAAUUCUAUAAAUUUAAGUAUUUUUGGGCUACCUUUGGACUACCUAUAAUACGUUUAAUGCGCUUACCCAACUUUAAAAAAAAAAACAAAUUUAAACCGCCAAAAAAAAAAAAAAGGCUGAAAAUUCCUAAAUGCGCACAGAUUAAUGCAUUUGCAUGCAUUUCAAAAAUCACCGAAUUUUCAUAAAUAAAUCGCAUCGUACCAAAAACCAAAACGGAUUAAAAUACUGUGAAAUCAAUUUCAAAAAUAAUUUACGUAAACAAAAUGACUAGAGAAGGGGUCAAAAACUAAAAACCCAAAAUAGUCAAAUAAACAUUCCAAAAGCGGGUUGAUCAUGCGAGUAUAUUGUUGCACAAUAAUUCGAACCUUGUACUAGGAAUGUCUUGCAAUGGAAUGCACUCACUACCCGCUACAUAUGCGCAUAAUACACACAGUUACGAGCGCGUGUGCAAACGUGGGCCCGCAGACAAUAUAUUGUAUUUUGCACGUCGGGCACACGUCCUUCCUCAAUACCGGCUCCAAGUCCGGUGUAAUAAAAUCGAAAAAAAAUAACCGUAAUACCAUUUCACCAACCAGUUUUUCGGCGCUCGACUUUUACUUACAUGCGCGCGAGGCACGGCUGUUAAUUAAUAAUUCUCCCGUUUCGUUUACGGCACGGGACCAAGGAAUUUGUGCGACCGGCCGCCGGGAACGUUACCGUUACUGGUGUAAUAUCCGUACCGCGGUAUCGUCACCGAGUCGUCCCGGUUACAGCCAGGUCACCGCCUUUGAAAUGCCGACCCGCGCGCCAAUUGUUCAUUAUGUUUACGCUACUAAACUUACAGCAUUCUUAAGUAUAAGGGCCGGUUUUUCAAUUGAUUUUAACUGGCAGUCACGGUGUCGGACUAGGGCUUAACUAACCGUAAACGUUAUCUUUCAGUUGAUCGACUCUUAACUCUGUGCUAUUGUGACGAAAGCUGAUAUGCGCCAAAAAAUCGAACGUUCCGGAAUUAAACACGGUAUCUGAAAAAUGACGUGAAAAUUGGAUUUAUUUUAAAAUAUGAUACCUGUGGCUCUACAACACUAAUACGACGUAGUUGUGAAACCACACGACACACAUAUCAUAUUUUAAAACAAUUCAAUUUCCACCUUAUUUUUCAGAUAUUGUGUUUAAUUUCAAAUUCGACUUUUUGGCACACGACAGAAUUUGUCACUAGCAGACUAGAUGGAUGACCAGUUUAUCUAAUCGGUACUCAUUUCUACGGUUAUCCUGAUUAAAUCCGGGCUAUGGUCGAAAUUUUUGAUUAUUAUUAUUAAUUUGGAUAUUUAUAAUUAUUGAAAGGGCUUUUUUUUUAACUUUUACGCAUUAUUCUAAAAUUGUUUGAUAUAUUUGUUCGUUAUUGAAUUGUAUUCUUUUAACUAUCUAUCGGUAAUUAAUAUACAAUGAUACUUAUUUAUCCAAAUAAACAUUUUUGAAAAUUUUAACUUGAAUUAAACAUGUACAAAUAUUAUCAUUCGAUUUUAAGCGAAACGGUAAAUUAUUAUUUGAACGAAGUUCAUACACGUUCAAUUUAAUUAUCCGUCGUUUUUGUACUUAAAAUUGUUUAAGUAAAACGUACCUGUCAUAUAUACAGUACACACAAACUUGUCAAUUAUGCACCUAAUUCACAAUGUGUCAAAUGUUUCAAUAUAUUAAUUACUAUAAUUAGCGAUAUUGCAAUAUUAAUAAACGAGCAAAUACCUAUGACUUAACUGAAAAUUGACGAAUAUAGCCCACUCCUGGCACAUAGUUUUUUUUUUUUUUUUUUUUAACAGAGAACAGACCGUCGAGUAAAUCAUCAUACUUCCUCACUCGAAAAAUUAAAAUAGUAUUAAACAUUUCACGACGUUUAGGUAUAUUGUAUGUACGUCGUUUAUCAUGUGUUUAUUGUAUAACUCGUAGAUAUUCUAUUAAUUUUGGACAUUAACACGAUACCUACUUACUGAUAAUUUUGACUUUUCAAAUGAAACGGAUCUUGUUUAAGCAUUUUUCAAAUGAUAUGUUAUUUUUUUCUAUACAUUUUUACUCCCUUUGAUAGUUCACGCUUAAUAUUAUAAUAAUAUUCAUAAAAAUAUGUUAUAAAUAAUUGUAAAUCAGAGUUAAUACGUAAAGUUGAUUUGCAUGAAUUACAAUAGGUAGUCGAAAGUUAUAAUUGUACUGAUGAUAAGCAAUAAAUAAUAAUUGUAACAGAUAAUAAUAACAAUAAUUAGACAUUUUCAUUAUACAUAUUAGUAUGACCACUUCAAGAAGAUGUUGGUUUCAUCUUUGACCUUUGAUAGUUAACCCGGACUACAGAAUGAAUUGAUAAAUCGCAUUUUAUUUAAUCGGGACAUUAAUCGACAUAUUAAAUUAACUUAUGGUUAAUUAACUUACAGUUAUAAUCAUUAUUGAAAAUCUUGCACUAAAUCGUCUUCAUCAAAACAUCAAUUAAACUCUUUUUGAUUUACGACAUGGCAGAUGAUAGUAUUUUUAAGCAUUAUGUAGAAUUGUGUAGAAUUGGCGCACAAUUUUACACUAGUAUUCCUAACCCGAUCGCGAUUUAUCGAAUAAAAUCUAUUUUUUUUAUUCAUAAAGUAAAUAUAUAUAUAAAUAAAAAAUGUAUGUAUAAAAAUAAAAUAAAUUAAUUAAUGAAAGCGUCGCCUGGAAUAUAACGAUAAGUGUAUUAUGUGACCGGUUUCAAAUUAAAAAUUCAUCGUCAAGUAUAUCACAGUCAAAAUGACUAUAGUCGCGUUUUACAUUUUGACUCUAUGUGAUGCUCGUGCUUUCCAAAUCUAAUCCUUCUUUGUGUUCUUCCACGUCUUUCCACCUUCUUCUCGGUCCUCUAAAGAUGUUUUUUUCCGUACCACGGAUAUUUUUCCAGCACUGUUUAAAUUAUUUUUCUCAUAAAUCUAUUAGGCAAAUCCUGCAGGUUAGUGAUCUAUAUGAUGCGUAAACGUAAAAUACAUAGAUAUAGAAUAGGUAACUAUUUUGUUAUCAUAAAAACAAUAAUAUCAGAAAUUCUCCUUAGUGUUCAAACAAUCAAUAGUCCAUUAUUUAUUAAUUUAAUCGUAAAGCAAAAAAAUAAAAACAAAAAUAUUGUUAUUAGGAUAAAAUGAAAACUAAAUAGACUUUUGACAACAAAUAACAGACUAGAUUAUAUGAUAUGGUACAAUAUUGACAAAUGGGUACAAAUUUUUCUCUGGCCCUGGCUAUAGUCUGAUGUCGAGAUUAUUAUUACACAUUUUACAGGUAUUAUAAUUGUUCAUUGGAGUACAAUGAAAUUUAUCUUACUAUUGCACAAUAUAUUAUCUAUUUUGAUCGCACGUCACGUAAAUAAAAAUUCUGCGCGAUUUUUUACGGACGAAAUACAUAUUGACAACAUUUUAACAAUUAUUAUUAGACACGAGUAGAUAGCACAUCGUAUAUAGCACGUUGUACAGUUUAAUAUUAUAUAUUUUUUGUUCAUCGUGGUUCAAUGCAAAUAGGUCUAAAGACCGUCACGUAGGUAUACAGUCAUACAUGUAAAGACUAUUGUACCUACGUCAUGUGUUUGUUUUUAUAUUUUUUUAACAAUAGGUACAAACGAAAAAUAAAUUUUGUUUUUCAUAUUUUACGCUAAAUUAAAUAAAAAACAUUGUGUAAUAUUUUUUUUAAAAAAAAGGUCAAUCCACGUCAUCAAAUUACCAUUAUACAUCAUUGAAAACAAUGUUAAUGUACGUAAAUCAAAGUUAGAGGUCCCGAUUUUCAAGGCUGGGCAUUAACGACCGAAAAAUUCAAAUGUUGUGUUUAUUUUACUUUUAACCUUUGAUCUUUUUACUACCUCAACUUAUUUAUUUUUACAUUAAACAAAAUUAAUUUUUUUUUAAUCAACUUAUCAAAACUGAGUUAAUAAUUUUGCCCAGCCUCUCAUACCAGUAAUUCUUUUUAAAUUUAAUUUAUUUACAAACAAGUAUUUUUUUUUUUUUUUGAAAUUUUAAUGACCUAUAUAUAGUUCGAUUGUGCUUUAUAAAUUAAAUUUCAAAAGACUACUUAAUCAAAAAGUUGUUUGUAAUUUUUGUAUUUAUAAUUUCUACGGCACACAUGUUAUUUUAACUGCUAUAUCUGGGUCGAUUUUCAAAAUCUUGAGAUUUUUAUUCAAACCAUACAAUUGGGCAACAUUGGGUUUUACAUUUUGAAGUAGCCAGUUGCAUAAAUAUUAUAUAUUUACCUACUACCUACCCUAACUAUUUCUAGCUUAGGGGUUAGCAGCAUAAACAAUGCAGACACAGAUGUCGCCAGAAACCAUGCAGCUGUUGAUCUCCUGCGAUUUGAAAACGAAAAAAAAGGGUCUAAGGAACGCCUACUUUUUUAAAAUAUUAAUAGUAUUGUAUUUUAUUUUUUUCGAAACAUAGAUGGGUAACUGAAAAACCUUUUGUUGUUGUGAAACAUUUCCAAAAGUCUUGCUCUACAAUUAUUUUUCCUAUUAAGGGUAUACGUUACGGUUAACAAUUUUUAGAGGUUCAAUUUACCAUAUUCCAUUUUCUAAAAUAUACAGUUGAUAAAAAAAUUAAUUCGUAUCUACAGCUUAACUUUCCAAUUACAAUAUUAGGCGUUAAUUAAGUCUUUAAGUAAUUAAAAAAAACUGUAUUAACACUGAAAUAUACAUAUCAGUAUUAUCACUCAUAUUAAUAUAUUACUAUUUAUCGUGCACUCAAUAUGUCAUGUUCAAGUGUUAAUUUAGAAUGAUUUUCAAGUAUAAGAACUAACUUCCUAUCUCUUCGUACGCGUAUACAUAUAUUUUUUUUUUAUAGAUAUCGAGGUAUUAAACGAAAUAUUAAAAGUCAAUUGAAUUGAAUUUGAAACUUAUUGCUAUUAUAUAAGUAUUAUAAUAACCAAGGCUGUAAACUUACACAAUUUGUUUCGCUUAUUCUAAAUGUUAUAUAGGUUUUAUUAAAAUACAUCAUUAGUUUAUUACAACUGCUAAAAAAAAAAAAAAACGAGAAAUAUAAAUACUUAAUACUUUGUUAACAUGAAAAAUACGUUAAAUAAUCAAGGUUUUCGUAAUAAUUUGUAUGAUGAAUUUGUGAACGAGUCACGGAUACAUAUGACAAUAAUUUUAUUGCCUUAUUCUAGCCAAGUCGAAAACGGAUUUAAUUUUGUCAUCUUAAAAACGUUUGCUUAUUAUUGUUAUAAUUUCUUUAUUGUUUGCCAUAUCCUUUCACAAAAAUCAGUAAAAAAAAAAACAAACAUCAAUGACAUUAAUAAUACAUUUAUUAAUGAUUUGAUAUUUUACUAUAAUCUGUAUACAGACAGAUAGUAAUUUAUAAUUAACGACAAAACCGGUCGAGAUUGAUGUUUUAAUUACCUAUACAACGCGUACAUGGUUUUUAUGUGAAAUUGACAAGGAAAGUCUCAAGCAAUUGCUAUCUUCAAAUCGAAAUUGCAGUCGCUAUUUUAUUAUAAACGUGGAUAUUUUUAAACGAGUAAAAUAUAAUAUUCUCUGUAUAUUCUCUGUACAUAUAAAAUAGCAUGUUCUGUCUGACUGACUGAUUCAUUAUCGUCUAGCCCAGACCACUGGACGGAUCGGACUGAAAUUUGGCAUACAGACAGCUAUUACGACGUAGGCAUCCACUAAAAAAGAAAUUUUUAAAAAUUCAAUCCCUAAGGGGGUAAAUAGAGGUUUUUAGAUAUUUUUGUUACGAAUAUCUAAUUGUUUAUAUUUCAUUUAUUUUUGUUUAUCAUGGGUUACCUUGGUAACAUGGAUAACAAUUUGGUUGUGAUUGAUGACAACUAUUAUUAUUAUUAUUAUUAUUAAUAUUAUUUACAACAGUAUUAUCUAACAAUAUUAAAGCAUUGUCGGGUCAGCUAGUGCGCAUGUAAAUAUUUCGAGAAAACUUAUCAGGGUAAUAUUAUGUAUUGUAUUAUUGUAUUAUAUAUGUCUACCUUUUCUACUUCGGACAGCACAACCAAACGAACGCCGAUGACGAAUGUGCGUUCGCUCGCUCGAGGACAUCAAAGACAUUUUUCGUUAUCUAGUUUGGACACGAAUCAUCGGUAUUCGGUUUGAUGUUCACACACAAACCGAACACUAUAUUUUAUUUCAUACACCUAAGCGCUGUUGCAAAUGUGUGUGCGUGAGCGAAGGGCUCACCGAUGAUUAUGAAUUAAUAGAGAAAAAAUUCUGUUAGGUUUGGAUAAUGUACCAACGUAUCUGAAUCGAAUCGGCAAAUGCGGUAACGUUGGCGUUCGGUUGCCUUCGUUAGCCUUGGUCUAAGGUUUGCAGGGCGCACCAUUAGUAAAACUAUAAUAGCACUCGGAGUAUAACAGGUACAUAGAUAAACUACAUAUUUUUUGAUUUUUAUUUCGACUUGUUUGAAUUACCGAAAUAAAAUAUUAUAUAAAAUACAAUUUUUUUUUUAUAAUAUAAUAAAUAUUAUCAUUUAUCGGACUCUUUAAAUACACCAUAAAUAAAUGCAUUUUAUUUGUAUUUUAAUUUUUUUUUUUUUAAUGGCAUAUAUCAUACUGUUAUGAUGAUUAUUGGUACCGCAUACUAUACUAUUAUUAUAAUUAUUAUUAAACUUGAUCGUAACAAUAAAAAUUUUAAUUUUCUUUGAAUCGCAACAUUCUCGGAACAAAUUUAGAUAAAAGUAAACGAGGUUUAGUAAUGAAUAUUAUUAUGUACAUUAUAUUAUGCAUGUUAAUAAAUUUAUUGUACAAUAAUAAUUUUUGAAACUAAAACACGGAAUCUCCGCAAACCGAAAUAUUCGAAAUGGUAUUACAAAAACUAAAUCCGUUAUGUAAUUAUACGACCUGUUCAGAAAAUAUGAUUAGCGAUUACCGCGGUAUCACGUUCGGCCCAUAUAUAUUCCCGAACGAAAACUUAUAAACACAGAAAUAUAAACGCAUUGUGGGUAGAUUUAAAAAUAUUGUUUGACGGUCAAUUCCGGUUGUUAUCCCCUUGCACUUACUAAUCAUGUGUAUUUGUAUUAACGGACCUUGUCAACGAAAAACUAUUUGAUAAUGUUUUGUGCUUGUUAACCAUUCACGUGUUAUAAUUUCCGUCCGUCAUCGAAUUGCGAAUAGCACACGCGGACACCGUGUUAUUAUUAUAUUAUUGUUUAUUAUUGUUAUUAUUAUUUGUUGAAAUAUACUGAUACGCAAGGAUAUCAUUAUCCCGGUAGACGGUUCAAGGUUAGAAAUUUCGAGUACUCGUCACGCAGGAUUCAUAAGAGGACGUGGAGAGGCGAGAGAAUGGCAGAUCAUCCGGAUCGAAAUCCCGCAGCUGCGAGCUGGCUUAUUAAUAACUGAGUUUUUUUUCUUUUGGUAUCCGGAGCGUACCAAUGAAUAGGGAGAACGGUUAAGGGUAUCAUAUUCUCUUGACUUCUUUUUUUAUAACUGAUUUAUGGAUUUUCUGAGAUUAUUGUAAUUUUAUUUUAUAUUUAUUAUUGGAUAUUUGGUGAUCAGGUUCUAGGUUUAUGCAGGCGGUGAUAAUUGAUAUACGAUGGAUUUUGUUUUUGCCAAAAUCUAUAUGAGUUGUGGAUUGAAAUUUCAGUUUAUUUAUUCUAAUAAUAAUUUGAAUAUUGAAAUUUAUUCCCCUCUCCCGUGUGUAAAAAUUAUGCGCACCGCCACUAUUAUUUGAUUUUAUAAUAUGUAUACGUACCUAUCUGUGGACCUGUCUAACAAUGUCUACCUACUCGUAUAAUAAUAAUAAUUAAGGAACUGAUAUCGCUUAUCAUUUGUAAUGUUCAAUACUGAUCGCGUGUAAUUAGGUACCUACUUUAUAGGCGGUUAUUAUAUAUAUUUUUUUAUUUGAAAAGAGUCGUUCAUUAACAGGCCAUUAUUAAUGUAUUAUAACAUUAGGUUACCUAACUAUAUUAUUGUGUUUACUUUUUUUUCAAUGUAAAAUUGUUUUCGUUUUCCCAAACGGAAAUACUUUUUUUUUUUUUUUGUUCGUCAAAAAAGUAAGUACAUAGGAACCAGUCAUAUAAUUAUACACGUAGUGGUAUAGAUUGAGUCGUGAUAGCAAAAAUAGUAAUUUUUUUCCUAAUAAUUAUAGGACUAACGAAAUUCCAUUUACUGUGUAAAAAAAAUACAUUUAUUUUUCGACAUAAAAUUUAAAAAAAAUCACGAAAUAAAAAUGAAUACGCAUGUCUAGCUUAAUUUUAAAACGCACAACUAUGUAAGCAUAACCACAUCUUAACUGCAUACAUACAUAAAAAAAGGGUGGAAUCAAGAAUUCUUCACAGAAGGUGAGGGGUAGAGAUUUACGACUAGAUUUUGUAAAAUUUAGUAUUUUAAAAUGUUAGUUGACCGUUGAUCGAAAAUGAUCAAUAAUAUUUUUGUUUUUUUACGACUGUAAUAUUUUUAGGGAGAUUUGUGGGAAUUAGGUAGAAACACCGAUGUUCGUAGUUGUUUCCCAUGUAUUCUAUUGUGUAUGUUUACUCCUUUUAAUAACUAAUUUAACAGAUUAAAAAAACAUAGGAAUAUGACAUUGAAUCCAUCAUAGAAGUUAAUAACAGAAUCACAUUUUGUGUGUAUAACUGUGGUAGAUACCGCGGGACAUACGCCAGUAUACAAAUAUUAAAUGAAUUUAGUUUUUUUUUUUUUUUAAGAAGACCUUUAAACCACCGCGUGAAUAUUUAUUAUUUUUAUAUUACUAUACCUGUAAUUUUUUUAUGAACAAAUAUUAUUCAGUGAUGUAUACACCUAUAUUGCUUUUUGUAACGUCAUUGGCCUCAAUAUAUGUUAUUAUUAGGUACCUGUAUUACAUUUAUGAAUAUAUAUAUAUAUAUAUAUAUAUAUAUAUUUAUAUUUACAAUUAAAUAAGACAUUAAAAACGUAAUUGAAAUUUAUAGAGAUAAUGUAAUUUUUGUUCAAUUGAAUACUAUAACUUCAGCAGUCGUCUCACGGAAAAUUUUUGAACGUUGAAAAAAAAAUCCGUUAUUAAUAUUAAAAAUAACUAACUCGUCAUGACGUGUAGUCUAUCGUUCUACCGCGGGCAAACGCUUUAUUUUUUAUAUUUUCGUUUUUUGGCUAUUGUACUAGGUAUGCAUAGGUACCGAUAUUGUUACAAAUUGUAUAUUGUCUGGUUUGUAAUAAUAUUAAUGUUUUAAAACAACAGAAUACGAGAUCUACAGUCGACGGGGUUAAAUAAAACUAAAAGAGUGUAUAAUGUAUACGCAACUAUUUAAACUAUUUUUUUACUCAUCGAUGAAAAUUCCGUACACUCUAGACUCUAGAGUCUAGAGAACUUAUUACAAUAAAGCUCUUUUUUAAAAACUAUUUUUGGUUUUUUUUAAAAUUAGGAAUGCUGAAUUAUAACUUAGUAAUGCUGGCAUGUUAAAGCACUUUUAAUUAACCCCUCCCCACUACGUACUUGCCACAGUAAUUAAAUGAUAAAUUAAGUUACCUAUUUUAAUAAUACUUAUUUUUCAUUUCAUUGUGACUUACCGAUUAGUUUAAUUUUACCGUGGUCUCUAUUAUAGUAACAUAGAUAACUUGACGGCAGCUGACGAAUUUCAAACAUUUCAAACGGUUAUUAAACGUUCGGUGCUUACGAAUUGGAUUUGCUCAAUAUUUUCAGUCGAUCGUUCUGAUAGCAAUUACCGCAACACAGGUGCGAUUCGGGAGCUCGUCCCAAGUGGCAUAUUCCCGGGGAGCUAAGGGAGUUACCGCCUCCUCCCAAAUAAAAUGAGAUCAGACACUGCAAUACAUUACAUUGAAUUAAUAUCAAAUAAUUACCAACCUAAUAUAAAAGUAGUAUAUUAUAUAUAUAAAAUAAAAGUAAAAAAUAAUUUGUUUACUGUUUAUAUAAUUUGGAAAUUAACUAUGUACAACGCAAAUAAUAGACCUAACUUAAUACAUACUUUUUAAAACGGGUGACUGGUAGUUGUGGAGGACAUAGUUUCACGAACAUGCGCAGCUCACGUAUUUGUUGCCCCAUCAGAAAAUUAUUGCCAAAACCGCCAUAGGCUCAACUCCCCGCCGUAAUAACCGAAAUCAAACAUAGCCUCCAUAGGAAAUUAAAAACGACCAAAAAACCUAAAAAAUAUAUGUAUUUUUUUUUCAAUAAACAAUUUUCUAGAGACCGACAGUCAUAAAUUAUAAUAUAGCGAACAUGGGUGGCGUUCAUUAAAUAUUGAAACUCACUUAAAGGUGAACAUAGUAUAAUCAAAAUUCAACGUGAGCGCAAUUUAAAUAUUAAGCAUUACUAUAAUGUAGUGAGUACUAACCUUUACAAUGCCCCCGAUGGCGACUACCGCGCCAAUGGAUUUCCAAAAAUGAAAAGUUGCUCUAUAAUGUGUCGGAUAAUAUAAAAAUUUAAAAAUCAAACCGCACGUGUUGAACAAUGAUUAUUAUAAUAAAAUAUUAUUAUCCACGUGUACGACAGAAACGGUCCUUUCGGCAUUAUUUACUUGUUCGCCUGCGUGCACAUAAUGAUAUGCGCGUAUACAGGUGUAAUUUUUUAUUUAUUUUUUUUUUUUUCGUAUUAUUCUCUCACACGCCCAACGAAAUUAAAAUAAUAAUAAUAAUAAUACCGCGGGUACUUAUACAAUAUAAAAUCGAAGAACAUAUUAUUUCGGGUUCGCCUCCGUCAUCCCGUUAUUGUCUGAGGCCGAUAGACGUUGCGGGCCCGCGAGUAUCCGCGAAUGUCUGCUAUAAUAACAGCAGCCACGGGAGCGCACGUCUGUUCGUUUUUCGUCUUUCCGCCGACGGCGCUGCCGAACACAAUAAUGAUAAUAAUAAUAAUAAUAAUAAUAACGAUGAUAAUGAUAAUAAUAUUACGUUCGUGCUAUUCCUUUAUCACUUUACAGCUAGUCGUAUAAUGUUAUAGAGACGCCUCCACCUGAUCGCGUUCAUCCAGUCGUCGGCCGUUGGCUACCGGGGUGUCAUAUUUUACCAUCAAACCGGACCUUUCCCUUUUCCGCCAAAAGAAAUAUUGAUCAGUUUUUAUACCAUUAUAAUAUCUGUGUGGGUAAUGUUGGGAAAUCGACUUUUAACGUUUCAUAGUUCUACUUUCAUAGUUCUUACGUAUAGGAGGGGUACCUAUAGCAAUAUUGUAAAAUAAUUAUUUUGCAUAAUUUUAUUAUAUACAUGUAGUAAAUAAACACGGUCAAUGGGUGGGCGAGUGUUUCCACACCACCAAUAUCCCUCCUCGAUACGUCACUGAUUUCAGAUAAGCACGAACUUGUGAUGAUAAAUCAGUGAUUUUUCAUGGAAAAAAAACACGAAAAUGAAUUGUUUUAAUUUCUUCCCGGGUACUCCUUUUUGCUCAUCAGGUUCAGUCUGAUUUUCGUAUCAUAUAAGACAUUAUGCGCAUAUAUAAGUCGUGGUCCACUAUCGACAAUUCUAAGGGUGUAUAAGAGCCUCACUCAGCCUAACACACAGUACCGUUACUGUUACCGCGGUAUAAAUGAAAUAGUGCCAGUCAUAACGGACUUUUCGAAAUUGGAAUUUUUUUUUUAUUAUUCCGUAACAGUUAUUCAGUGUUAUGUAUUAUGAGCAUAAUAGAAAGCGCAGUUAACAACCCCGGGCCUGUGUCGAUAUGCGUCGAGCGUGUACCUCCCAAAACACGCGAUCGGCGGGACUGCACUGACCCGCAAGGCGCGUUGUUAUACGAGACCGAUGCACCAUUAUUUUGCAUGGCAGAUGGGUACUAUGGUGAAAUUAAAAUGAGAUGCGAAAAAAUUAACCUGUUUUUAAUGAUUUGAUAUGGUAGAAUGUGUGAGAUAGCUACUGAAAUUAAUUUUACGAGAAAUCUGGGUGUUUCGGAAAAAUCAAAUGAAUAAACGAUAUAGAGUGAGAUCGCGUGAAAUGUAUGAAAUAAAUUCGGUUUUACUGAAAUUAUGUAAACAAUUUUUUGUAAAUCUCACAUUUAAAUGAUUCCGAGAUUUGUCUGACGAAUGACGCGAAUCGACACAAAGAAAACGCAUCGGUUUAUCAUCGAAAAAAAGAUAUAUUAGUAACCAUCUUCCAAGAUUUUUACUGGAUUAUCGAGACGGGAUAGAUUUUUCGCGAAUGGUUUAGAAUUAGAUGAUAUAAUGACGCUAUUUAUGAAACCAGUAAUAAUUUUCAUCUAAAUCACGAUGUGAUAAAUUUGUGUUAAUGAAUGAUAUGAACUUGUAUUAAUAUUUUAACUAUGUUACUAUGAUAAUGUUAUGUAUUUUAAGGAUUUUGCACAUUUUAGAAUACAUUUUAUUUCGUAUAUUUUAAGUAUUAUUAUUAUUAUUUUUUUUUUUUAAACCGAUUUUCGGCAUACUCCAGACUUAAACGACAACAACCAUUUUAUAGAAUGCGUAAUAUUGGAGGGAUACAUUUUUUUCGGAAAAAUAAUUCGUCGCAAAAUAUUUUCCCGGAAUAGUAUUUUUUUCGGAACCGUUCAGUAUAAUUUCAUCACUACAAGCACUCCGUUAUUGCGUAUUACAACAAAAUACGUUUCCGACGUAACCCACGGUCCCGACAAAAUAUUUCCCAAUGUUUUACGCGCUCCCUCUCCCUCCCUCCUCCCACCCCCACCCCGCCCAAAAAUAUUAUUACGCGGUAUAAUCAUGUUGAUAAUUUUUAAUGAUGUCCUCGAUGUCCGAUAUCAUUGGAUUUUCCCGAUCGGGCGAGUACCACACCGUUAUCGGUAUUGUAUUUCAACGCGCGCGCGCGCGCGAGACGCCUACGGUUCGUUCGGCGCGAAUGGCACACGAUCGUCUCCCAACGGAUCGUCGCAGCGCCGCGCGCGUUGGGAACGCGUUGUCACGCUCGCAACACACGCGCGGGCAAUUAACCGCGGUGCUGCGAAAACACACAGCGUAACGCGGCGACAAUAGCGAUUGCGAACGCCUCGCGCAGCUGUUCCGCCGCGCGUGAACGUCGAUAAACACAUUAGCUCGGCGCAAUACAUUUUUAAUAUCGAAAGCGCAAUGCCGCGUAACUCGCGGGCGGGUCGAGACGCAAUUGCGCGCGCGGCCGCGGCCGGGGUUGUUCCGCGGCGGCGAGUGACGGGCGAACGACGAGGCGCGCGCCAACGGUCACCGGACCCGACAGCCUGACCCGGCCGAACGGCACGGCACGGCUACGAACGGCGGGCCGAGAUCGCGAACGGAACCUAACAAACCGCACGCUCCGUCCGUCCCGACGUGGGCGGCGCGCGCGUUUACGCGUAAUUUAUGUAUUUUCAUCCGCGUUCGUUUUGCACGCACCUGUUAAUUAUUAUGUCACGCGCGUCGGUAUGCCGUUGUCGUUGCUCCACUCCGGCGUCGGUCGGCCGUAUAACGCUGUCGUAACAUUAACAUAAUGAUUAGUUAUUGGCCGCCGCGCGGAAAAUCAAUAAAUGCAUUUUUUUUUCUAAACGGUUUUGCGAAAACGGAUACAGCAUAACGCAAUGAAUUACCAUCCGAUCUCUCCCCCCCCCCACGCCUUCCCCGUCGAAUACCUUUAAUUACGCGGGCGUUUUUUAACCGUUACGUUUUUACAAUUAGGUUUUUAUUCGCACAUGUGUACGAUUAAUAAUUGUUAUAACGCAAUACGCAAUGCUGUGUAUACAUAAUAUAUAAACACUCGAUUAAUUCAAAAUAAAAUUAAUUGCAAGCCGGUCGAAAGGUGCUGUUAGUUUCGUAAUUUAUAAAGUACAAAACACGUACAUGUGUUUGUGCAUAGCUGGCAGGUACCAACACGUAUAAAAUAUUGUAAUUUAUAUUUAUUUUUUAUUUUUUCAGGGUGAUUCUGACUUUGAAUUAUAGAGUUUUAAAUAUUAUGAGGCACUCGAGUACCUACUGCACAGUAGUCUAAUCGAAAGUUUACUAAUAAUAGAAAUAGAGCGAGAUCACAUUAUACUAUAUUAUAAUGGAGGACAUUUAAAAAAAAAUUAGUGGACGAAUUAGAAAACGAUUAAUGAUGAGGUGUUGUAUAAUGUAUGGUCACAAUUAGUAUGUCGACGUAGACGACUGAUAAGAAAUAAUACGACAUGAAAUUUUGUUUUAAUUAUUCAUUUUCAUUAAAGUUGUAAAUGUAAUUAAUUACCUAUAUUAUUAACAUUCGUGGCAUCCGUGGAAAUAACUAUUCACGGUACCUACAGUUAUGACUAAUAAUAUUUCAUAAACAAUCAGUAAUUAUGUUGGUGAUUUUAAACGACCGUUGGUUAAGGUGAUAAAUUUCUAUCAUGUAUCGUUGAAAGAGUCCGAAUUUUGUUGGUAUUUUUUAUUACUUAUCUAAUAUAGCGUACUAAUAUUAGUAACACUAGUAAACUCGUUGUUUUAUAAUUUAAAUUUGACCGAUAGUUAAAAAUAAUGUCGAAGAACAAUUAAUGUCCUUUACUGUAGGUUAAGUUAGGUUAGUUUAGGUUAGGUCGAUAAUUUUCACAUACACACACACACACACACAUCUGUUUUAUAUGAUAUUGAAACGUUAAAAUAUUUUUUUUUUUUAGAUCUAAUAACGUAAAUAUACGUCAUAAUACUUGGUAAACAAUGUUCGGUUCAUUUUAUUCAUUACGUUAUCGUGGUAUUAUAGCCUUCUAAUACACAAACGAUAACUUAAUAUUAUUAUCUCUUCUAAAGGUCGUCAUACACUUUCGGUUUUUACACCCGGGUACCUACAAUGUAUGGUAUAGUUCGUACACCGAUGAACACCACACUUUCGGUUUUAGCAACCGUAUACGGUAUACAGAUACAUACAAUAUAGUCCGGAUAGUUUUAUCCGUAAACCGAAAUUUUCAGUAAAUAUAGAUCAUUGUCGUAUUAUUUUAAUGGUGAAAUUAAAAAAUGCAGUACGUCAUAAAACAUAUUAUUAAAAUAUGCGUAAAAAUAUAUUAUAAUAUAUUCAAAUGAAUAUUUAAUUAAUAUUUAAAUAAAUACAAUUUAUAAAUAAAGAAUUAAUCUAUUGGUGUUUCGUUAAAAAGUAAACAUACCAUAAACUUUUAUAGUUCGGAAACGGAGACGACCACACACCUUCUAUCUUGUUAUUAAAAAAAAAAUAUAUAUAUAGAACACAAAAUAUAGAAAACAAAUCAAACUGCUCAGAUUUUUUCAAUGAACUGAAUAAAAUUGUAUUCAUCAAGUUGCAUUAAUCAUCGUCAGAUUGUUAUUUUCAAACGGAAAUGUUAAACUGUCGAUUUCUUACAAGAGGACACAACCCACAAUAUUACUUUGUUACCAUAUCUUUGUUGUCUAUCCUACGCAUAUACCUGUGCGUCACAAAACUCUAGUUUGCAAUUCCAAGAAAUAUCGCAUUCCAAUUUAGUUCUGAAUACAAUUUUUAAUGAAUCAAGUAUUUUACUCUCAUAAAUAUCAAAUUUAAAAAAGAGCUAGAAAUGCUGAUGGAAGUACCACUGUUGUAAGUGAGAACUGGGAAGUUUGAUAAUAUAUAGAGUAAUUUAAUUUAUAACUAUACGUAACGAUCAAUCAUUGAUAAUGAAAAACGAUUCUGGGCGAAAUUCAGUAAAUCAUGUUUUGAUAUUUACAAAAAUUUGAACUCUAUAUUACAAAAAAAAAAAAAAACUACUAAAUUAUGCUUAUUUUUUUUCUCGUGCUAAGUACAAUUUAUGAUGAACCUCAUAUUAGAUUUUUGACCAAAACAAUUGUAUCAGUAUAAUACAACCAAAUAAAAACUAAGAAACUUCCAAUGACAAUAAAUUAACUUAAAAACUGCUAAUAUGUUCUGGAAAUUGUACUGCGUCCAUGAUUUUUAGACAUUUUAUACCUCUACAAUUAUGUUUUAAUCAAUUAAAAACAAACAAACAAAAUAAAAAUCGAAAAUAACGAAAACCAUUAUUUCGGAAAUUUUUUCCGUUUUUAUGAAUUGUGGAGAAAACUAUAAAGAAAAUCACAAAAGGACUGUCUCAAUGCACCAACUGGACAAAAUAUUCUACCAGUAACCAUCCCUAAAGUCGGUUAGGAGCAAAAUUUUUCGUAAAAAAGUAGUUUAUAGAUAGAACUUAAAAAAAAAAAAAAACCUAUUAAUACAAAAAAUAAAUGUUUCGAUAGAACAUGGGUAUUUAAUAUUUAUGAAAAAAAAAAAAAUAUACAUAUUAUCUACAGUGUUGUACCGUAUUAUAAUGAUAUAUAUAUAUAUAUAUCUGGGAAUAUAUUUUGGUUUUUUACUAAAAUGAGCAUGAUCUUCGUGUUUCCUAUAAAGGUUUAUUUUAAGCGAACCAUUUUGAUGGAAGUCGUUUCAACGAUGACAUUUCACGAUCGUUAUCAAAUAAAAACACAUCACUAUUCCUAUGUAAUGGUAAUGUACGCGUACGUUUUUAUAACAGCAUAAUAUUAUUAUAUUAUUCGUCAUUCAUGCAAAAAACCAUAAUAUUUUAAACACAAUAAUAUUUCUUAUGAUUAUAUUCGAAUUACGAGAAUUUCGAAUUCUGGAGAUAUUUCACUUUUAAUUUUAGGUAGAGAAAUAAUAGUGGAGUAAAAUUUAUGUGGCGACAUGGCUUGCGGCGUUUAUUAAUGCUCCACUACUUAACUACACUUGAAAAUUCCGAAAAUCAGUAUCUGAAUAUAUGUAUGUAAAAUUUAACCAAACAAAUGAGGUGAAUUUGUUAAUGGUUAUAAUGCUCCGAUUUGUUCAUGGAAUAGCUUAAAAGAUAUGCAUCUGCACGUAGUAUUAUUUGUUUAUAAGUGCAAGUAGACGUAUAGGCUUAAACAGUAGGACUUAAGGGGCUUAUAUAGCGUCUCCAAUACUCAGCCAAGCCUUUCCGAAUCAAGUCCUCAUAGUUAAAAUAUAGGUCACUGUUUUGUAUUUUUUUCCAAUCGAAAGAAUCGCCUGAAAGAAAAUUUUAGUUUGUAAUGAUUUUUGGCACCCAAUGGCAAACAUCGACGUUUCCUUGACACUUGUACAUACAUGGCUCACCAACCCUGAAUUUGUUAUCAAUAUUUAUGUUGACGUUCACACGACUAUAAUGAAUGUUCCUAGGAUUCGAAACAAUCACGUUAUGUAGAUAUUAUAGAUUAUUGGAAAGUUACAUAAUUCCUCGCAUAAGUUAUUGGUAUUUUUUUUAACCAUGGAACUUUUUUUUAAAAUAACUAUGUUAGAACCACGUUCGAUUUUACACUAUAAUAUAUUAUAAUAAACUGUAAUAAAGUAUCUGCAAAAUCAAACAUGUAAUGUUUGCACCUGCCAUAAUAAUAAUUAUUAUUGGUGAAUUAAAGAUAGGUAGGUUGUUUUUUUUAAUAUUAUAAUAUUGUUAUUCGCAUUUAGUAUUAUAAUUAUAAAACAGUUUUAAAACUAAAAUCGAAUAAAUUACAGCUCAAUAUAUUAUUUAUUAUUAUAUACGUGUUAAUUAAUAAUCAUACUAUGGCCAUAUUAUAAUAGUAUUAAUAUACCUACGCACCGCGGGUAGAUAUUUAAAUUUGUAUAAUAUUAUUAAUAUAUCGAAUUUGUAGGUAUUCCUUUGCGUAGUCGUGCGCGAAAACUGUUACGAUUAAAAAUUAUUCAAAUUCGUCGGUUUAAAUUUGUUCAUGUCUAUUGUCUAGAUAUAUGUAAUAUUAAAAUAACCGUUUUUUUUUUCAAUUGCGGAUGCGCGUAGUUAUAGAAUUUUUAAUUUAUAAUAAUAUAAUGUAUUAUUUAUUGUUUUACAAUAAUAAUAAUAAUAAUAAAAAAAAAAUGUUUCGCAAAUACGUCGUGUCGUUUUCGAUACAAUAAAAUGUGCUUUGAAACGAAAUUUGUAUUAAUAUAUAUAUAAAUUGUUUAUUAAGUCAGGUUUUUAAAUAAAUCAAAUUAAAUUAUAAUUUGUCAGACAAAAUUUACACGCUUUUUAAGAUUUUGAGUUUUCGGUCUUUUACCAGUUAAAGUAUGUAUGUUAAAAAUACAAUGAUAUAUACGUGUUUGUUUUUUUUUUUAAAGUCGGAAAAAUACAGGAUUUUAAUAUAUUAUUACGUUAGGAUUUACAUAAAUAUAAUUGAAUCUAAAAUGUAUUUCGAUUAUUAGAUCAAUGUAAAUAUUAAAUUUUUACCAACGUAACUUCUACAAAAUCAGUUUAUAGAAUCGAAAUAGUUGUGUACACAGUAAACCCGUGAAGCUCAAAAUUUCCAUUAACGGAUAUUUUUUCUUUUGCAUUUAUUUAUUUGUAGUCAAUAUUUUCUGUGUACCGUAAUUAAUCAAGUACUUUUCCAACUGAAAAAAAAAAAACAUUGGAAAAAAAUGUGACUAUGUAUAACAGUGUAUUGUUUCUAACAAGAAAUUGCACGGCAUUGAACUCGUUUUAGAAAUGAUGUAUGUAAUUUUUGUUAAGAAAGUUUCUUCGUGAACCAACCAAUAGGCAACGGUAUGGCUAAUUACUCGGACAGUAAACGCGUAUAUUGACUUGUUCGUUUAUUUGAAUGUUUAAAAUACGUAUUUUUUAAACCGGUUGAAAAGAAUCCUAAAAUGUAUUGUACACGUUAAAUAACGUACAUACUAACACUGAUGUUUUUAGGAAAAAUGGAAUAUUCGAGGAGCUUAGCUAUAGCCUACAUUAUAAUGUAGGUACCUGAUAUAAAUGUCCUUAUUUUAAAUAAUCGGGAAUCUUUGUAAUAUUACAAUGCAUUUUGCUAUGUAAAACACAACAUGUGAAUUAUUUAAAUUUCUAUUGACGAUUUUGGAUUUCUUUCGAAAAAGUAUCUAUUUCAUAGCUGUGAUAAUAAUAUCAAUAAUAAUCCAGUAAACAUAUCAUAAUACACGUUCGUAUGUAAUUUUAUCGUUUUUUUACACGAAAUAUUUUUCAUUUUUGAAAAAACUACCAACUACUAACUGGACACACAACUGUUAACUUAAAACAUAUCUAUAAUAUGAUACCUAUAAUUCGUUCUGCUUGGAACUAUUCGAAAAAAUAAUUCUAACUGUCUUAACUUGUACUAACCAUAGUGACUACAAUCAUAUUCGUUUUUUUUUUUUUAAUUUUAUUUAUUUAUUUAAUAUAAACACUCAAGUAUGUAAGACUCAAUUCAGAUACAUAAGUUAACAAUAAAUACAACUGAAAAUCUUAGUUUAAAACCACAGAAAAAUACUUAAAUUAAAAUAUAAACUUAAAGUGAAUGAAUACGUUUUAUGAUCAUAUUAUUAUGUAUAAUAACCAACAAUUACAAGAAAUAUUUCGAAUUAUCUAUUGUACUUAUGCAUUACAAGUAAAGUAAAUACCUGCAUAAAAUUACACAUCUCUGACACUAAUAUAAUACUUGUAUAAUGCACAUCAUAGAAUAUUGAAUAUUAUUUGUCGUUUAGGUUCAUUGAAAAGGACGAUGACGGCGAUUUUACAGAAUGCAGCAGUUGUUCCAGGUCGAUCGCCGAAUCACUAUCGAAUUUUCGAUCCAGGACGAGGACUCAGUACUGGCGUAGCAAAUUGCAAUUUAUUUUGGCCUGUCUGGGCUGUACCGUAGGUCUGGGCAACAUGUGGCGGUUUCCGUAUCACUGUCAUAAAAGCGGAGGAGGUAAAAGCUGUAUAAUAUUAGCUACGUUUUUAUGUCAAUCAAUUUGCGAUUUACGCCAGGAAACUUAAAAUUAAAAUUAUUACUGAAAAUUUCUCGUGAAAUAUUAUUGCACCACUGUUUUUAUAAUAAUAAUAAUAUAUAUAGGAAGAGGCCAAUUUAUCGCAUGGGUCGAGGGAGCCGUGUUAUUAUUAAUUCAGCUAUUCAGGACACCGGGAGCUAUACUGCAGCGCUAUAUUAGUGGUAUAUUGUUUUAAAUUUACCGUUGAACAAUAUUAUUAAAUAGAAGUGUCGAAUAUAUUUACAAAAAAAGAACAAACAAAAAAAAAAAAAAAUGGGUUUAUUGACGCACGAUAAAUAAAUAAAAACUCAACGGAAACGAUAUUUUAAUAAGGAAAUUCGAAACAAUCAAGUUUAGCUUUGUUUCCAUAUUAAAUACAUAUUUACAGAGUUUAAUAUUGAUGUUUAACAUUUUAGUAGUAACUAUAGUAUAGGCAAUUAAGACACGUACGUUGCCCAUCUCAAUUAAAGAAUUUAAAUUUUUUUAACGUAAAAAUGAUGUAUGAAUUCACACAAUCAAUUUCAUAAUUUGAACGCCAACGAGAUCAGAGUAAUAUGCAAAAUCAUGGGGAGAAGCUGACGUCACUUUUUACCACAGAACACAACUAAACGUUGGCACAAAAAAAAUUGAAAUCCGUUAAGUGGGGAUGUGGGGCUAGUAUAAUGUACGUAAAUUAAACGACUAGUUAAUUUUUUUAUUUUAUUUAUUACAGGUAUAUUUUUAAUCCCAUAUUUUUUGGUAAUGAUAUUUUGCGGAAUACCUUUACUAUAUUUGGAACUGGCCAUUGGUCAAUUUACGAAAAGAGGACCAGUUUGUGCCAUAUCAAAAUUUUGCCCGAUUUUAAAAGGCAAGUAAAUAGGUACUUAUUUAGCUAAUAAUUUAUUAUCAUAGUUUAUCAAUAUUAUGAUACAAAGUUGUUAAAUUCUGCAAUUACUCAAAAAUGUACAUUUACUUUAUUAAAGUUGGGUAAACUAGUAUUUUUUUUUUUAAACAUUCUAUUAUUGAUAAAACGAAAUAAUAUUUUUAUCUUAAAUGUUAAAAACGAUUUAUAUACUAAUAAUUAGCAAUACAUAAUUGUUAUAACACGUUUAUUAUCCACAAUUUGUUUAAACAUAAUAUACAGCGAUUGGUAAUUGACUUUUACUGAUACAAAGGUCAGUAAUUUAUAGACUAAUAGGUCGUAAUGUUAGAUUUAUAAGUUUAUAAUUGAUGAUCUAUACGCGUGUUUUCAAAUUAGUGUAAAUUGCUAUUGAAUUUGUGAAUGACGUUUUACUAUUACCUAUUAUAAUCAUUAAUGUUUAAACGGAUAACAAUUUAAUACAUUUUCUUGAAAAAUUAUUAUUCUUAUUUUGUAUUAUGAAAUAAAAUCGUGUUAAAAAAAAAUAUAUAUAAAUAGGUUUAAGGUUAAUCUUGUUUUACCUAAUAAUAAUAGGUACAUGCAAUUGUAGGUAUCUACUGAAAAACAUAAUAGGUAUUUAAAUUAAUAAUAAAUAAAAUUAUAAUCACAAUAAUCCGUUAUGUACAUUUGAUAGGAUUUACAAUGCAGUUGUGUCGUAAAUCAAAAUAUACAUAAUAAUAUAGUAUUUUAUAGUAUGUACCUACACAUUAAUUAUCUCGAGUUCAAUUGCAAAUCAUUUUUUUAUACUUUAAAUAUUUUAUGUAGUUUAUUAAUUAAUUUUAAACGCGUUUUUUUUUUUUUUUUUAAGUCUUUCGCUAUUAAUAAACGAUUGAAAAUUAUUAAAAUAUUAUUAAAAUACUAUUAAAGUUCGAGUCCAAUAUUUUCAUAUUAAUUUUAUGAUAUUAAUUUAUUAUUGAUUGAUAUUGCCACUACGAUUAUUAAUACUAAUUACUGAUAUAUUUUAUACUUCUAUAUUUAAUGAAAUCAUUAUCAUAAUAAUAUAAUAUUAUAGAUCAAAUAUACUAGAUUAAAAUAAUUAGUACCUACCUAUACAUAUUGUAAGUUUAUUAUAUUAGUAAACAUAUAAUAAAUACGCUGAUCACCGGGUAAUUAUUAAUCACGGAUUUUUACCAGCUUAAAACCCAUUAAUCAUCGACCCGGAUAAUAGCGUUUUUUUUUUUUUUUUUCUAUAAUAUCGUUUUAGGUGCCGGUUUAGCCAGCGUCGUCACGUCAUUCUUCGUAUCCGUCUAUUAUAACGUAAUAAUCGCAUACACCCUGUAUUAUUUCUUCUCGGGGAUUCAGGACCAGCCGCCGUGGGUGCACUGUAACAACCGGUGGAAUACGGAUAGCUGUUGGACGGCCGCCGACAAUACUACCAGGCCGCCGGACAGUAGGAGUCCGGCCGAGGAGUUUUACAAGUACGGCUAUCGAUUAUUAGUAAUAACCGAACAAUAACAAUUCAUUACUAUACAACUAGUGGUGUACUUAUGUAGGGUUGAUAAAGGGAAUCAAUCCCCCUACUUCCGUAGGUCGUGAUUUAACGAAUAAUUAUAGUUAUCCGCCAUACUCGGUGGCUUCACAAGCAUACUUCAAACCUUAAGGGGGCGGCGGGUCUCAAAUUCUGUAAACUUUGAAUUUUUUUUUUACAUUUUAAUGAUUAGACUUUUCCACUAACUUAUUUCCCGAUAACUACUUAAGGGGAAUCGGUACGGACGAAUAUGCCUUUGUUUAGACCAAAAAUCAAACAAACUUGGAAAAAAUGUAUUUGGUGUAUUUAAAUUUUGAAAACGCAUCAAUAGGGUUACUAAAAUACGUUAAAAAAAUGUGUUUAAUUUUAAUACUUAUCAACAAAAAUAAAAUAUAAAAUACUUUAAAAUCGUUUUUGAAUAUUUUUCAAAAAUGCAAUCAACUUUGUUCAUGAGUUCCGGAAAAAUAAAUAAAUGUAUAUUUCCAACAAAUUCUAUAAAAAAAACUUAAAGAAUCCAUAAUCUGUUUAUAAAACUGAAAUCUGUCAAACACAAAAUAUAAUUUCAUCAGAAUGUAUCAAUAAGACUACCAAUGUCCAAUGUUUAAAAAUGAAAUUUUAAAGUUCACAUUUUGUUUUAUACCUAGUUUUAUUUAGGGAAUUUUAAAAGAAAUUUUGUUUUCUAUUUAUUCAUCAAGUUGUGAUUUAUCAACAUUGUGCACAACUUUUCUGUAUUUUGAAAUUUAAAAGUGCAUAUUUUAAGAUUUUAACUUUUAAAAGCUUCAACUUUACCGUCCUAAAUCCUAAAACCAAUAAUUUUUUUUGGAUUUUGACGUUUCUGUAAAAAAAAAAAACCAGAAAUACACUUUGUUAACAUAAUCUUAAAACGCGUUAAAUAUAAUCGAUGUAUUAAUAACAAUUAAUACGAAACUACGAAUUCACUAAUGUAGGCGAACACUUAUAUUAUAAUAAGUUUAUGUCAUGUUCUCGUUAUUAAUCGAAAACAGUUUUAAUUUAUCAUCGCCCAUCGGUUAAAUCUAAAAAACGUCAAAUGUUAAUUAAUCGUUCUAUAUUUGCAUAAGUACUCUAAUUUCGUUAUUGUUUGUCUUCCCUAUUUCCAUACCCCGCUCUUUGAAAAUCGGUACUAAAAUCUUAACAUCGAUAAAUUAUGAUAAAUGAUAUUAUCACACGUGUUGGAGGCGCAGAUAGAGUUCAGUUAUAUAUUUGGUUGAUACGUAAUAAAUAUGUAGCUUAUUUUCCUCCUCCUUUUCGGAUCAUCAAAAAAUUGAAGUGUCAUCCAUAAACUAAGUUUAAAGAGUAAAAAAAUGCGAUCUUGUGUUAUAAUGUUUACGGAUAUAAUAAGUUAGGUAAAAAUGUUAAUUUAUGAUAAUCUUUCAAUAUUGUAAUCAUUGCGAACCUAAAUGCAUUUAUGCUGAAUUCUUAUGGCAGUGUGUUUGUAAUUAUGUAUUGAAUAUAUGGCAGUUGGAGGGUGUGAGGAGCAGUCUCGGUUCAUUCUUUGGAAAAUUAUUAGCCCUCCUCACACGACAAAUUUCUGAAUACGCUAUUGACUGUAUACAACACUGCAUUAGAUACCUAUUAUUAUUAUAUUGCAUGUUGAGGGCCAUACCACUUUAUUAUCGACUUAUGUAACGACAUUAUAAAAAUAAAAAAAGAGAACAGGACAUACUAUAUUUUAAUCGACACUAAUACAUCUAAAACAUCAUAAUUUAUGUUAUUAUUGUUAUCAUCAUGAUAUUAUCAUUUGUUUAUUUUGUAUACACCUAUAUGUCAUAUACAUCCGUUAGAUAUCAUAAUAAUAACCCACACGUGUCUAUAUAAUAUGUAAACGCUGUACAAGUUUCAUGAUUGUUAUAAAGACCUUUUGACUUUUAAUGCAAUUUCAACGGAUCGAUUAUAUUUUAAUUUUAACUUGUAGAUAUAAUCGUAUCGAUAUCGUCAUUUAUUAUACAUUUUUCUUCGCCUGGGAAUAAAUUUCAAACAAUGCGGGCUGAGAGUUUUUGAACUGCAGAAAUAUUUAAUUGAUAAUAUACCUAUACAGGAGAACUUUUUUUUUUUUUAAUCUGAUUUAUAGCGUUUGAUUCGAAAAGAAUAAUAAAAAAAAAUAAUAAACAAUCAAUCCGUUUGAAAAUGUAUUAUUGUGAUUAUUUUGUUAUUACAUUCUCAAUGUGUCGCGAGAUGUGAAAUUUGUUCGAAACGGUUCACCGUUGCACAAGAUUUUACGAAACACUGAUAUAUUAGUAAAAUAUACCCGUCAUCACUGUGUUUAUGUACCCUAUUCCCGUGCAUCACGUAAAAUGAGUCAGUGAUGAAUCAGUUACAUCAAUGGACUCCAUAAUAUUAUGUGCAGUGUGCAUCCUACAUAAUAUAAUAUGAUACUAUCGAAAUUCAGAGAAAUAAUAUAUCAACUACCAACUAUAUAUCUUAUAUUAUAAAGAAACUAUAUUAAAUUCUGAGCGGAGUGAGGAAUGUAUUGGUUUUACAAUAAUGUUUAUUUAUUUUUAUUUUUUUUUUAAUGUAAACACUUUUUCUACCAGAAAGCUUACUCCGAUCAUCAAGUAUAACAUCUUUUCUGAAAGGAAAUGUUCUCUGGGUGGUACUUUAGACAAGUAAUUUUUUGAAAUUCUCAUUAAUAUUUGUGAUAAUAAGGAAAACCGUGUUCUUUAGGUUAAAAAAGAUUGACAAAUUAAAAUAAGGUUGUCAUAUAUUGUUGACAAAGCAACACUAUCAACUGAAUUCUGUUCAUAAUCGUUUUUUCGUUAGCAAUGGUUUAUCGUUGCUUACACAUAUACAUUAAAUUUCAUUUUUAUAUCCUACCUUCCCUACUUCCCACCUCAACAGUGACUGCACCUACAUGCGAUUUUUUUUUCGUCUUUUUAAUUUUAUUUUACAAUAAAAAUAAAAAUGAAUUUUUUGCUAUUAUAAUAUGUAGAUCUAAUGUAAAUAGGUUGAAAACGAUGUAUAUAUAUUUUUGUUACGUUCGCAUAAUGCAAAAUGCAACAAAAAUUAUUAGACGCUUAAAAUAAAUACAGUUUAAUCCUCGGAAUAAAAAUAAUUAAUAAGUUACUUAAAAUUUUAAAACGUUUAUUUGACUAUUAUCCUUUUUUCUGGGGCCUUGCGAAAUCUAUCAACAACACUUCAUACUCCACUCGACCGGUUUUCGGAUUUUUCUGGUAUCAGUUAUUGAUAUCCUUCCGUAAUGUAGUUCGUAUGCCCACGCAUACAUUCACCAUUAAUGGCGAACCCUUAUUAUCGAUUAAUGCUAAAUUUUACAUUCAUUAAUCAUCAAUAAUAAUUCAAUGCCUAACUAUUAAUGAAACCGAUUUAUCACUCUCUAAACAUUAUAUUUCGAUUAAUUUGCAUUCACUAUUAAAUUACACUAUUAAAUCACUAUAUCGUUUUACUUCCUCGUGUCUUUUCUUUUCGCGACCACGAAACGUGUUUCCCCAUUAUCAUAUAAACACCACUAUGAUUUCCAAAUAAAAACCUUGAUACCAACUUACAAUAAUUUGCGAGUAACAUGUCUUCACUCACAACCACAUGCCCUCCUUUUAAAAUGGCUAAUCCGUUACUGAUAUUUCAUACACAGGGUAGAUUAGGUUAAGUUAAACAAAACAGUCAGGACUGUCCUUGGGCGGGGAGGUGGUCAGAGCCGAAGCUCUGGGCCUCACGCUUUUUACUUAGAUUUGAGACCUCGCGUUCGAAAAUAAUAAGAAUUAUAACAAUAUAAUAAAAUAUGAAAAUAUUGAAAAUUUUGCUCUGAACCUCGCAAAUCCUAAGGACGGGCCCGGCAAACAGGAAUGCGUCCGUCAAAACGAUCCCGUGGCAAAACCAAUCCAGCCCACCCUCGACUAUUUUAUUAAUCACACUAUAUCAUUAGGUUGUUUUUAUUACUGUGUCCGCAGCUUGAAAGUGCUGCAGAUCACGAAUGAUCCGGAAAAGUUGGGGCGCAUACGGUGGGAGCUGAUCACGUGCAUGUUCAUCAUAUGGACGGUCGUGUACUUUAAGUUGUGGAAGAGCACCGAGUCAUCGGGCCGCGCGCUGCAUCUAACCGCCAUCCUGCCGUUCGUCAUGUUGGCCGUGCUUCUGGUCCAGUCACUGAUGCUGGACGGAGCCAACGUCGGGCUCGACUAUUUCCUGUUCAAGCUCCGGUGGGAAUUGCUCCUGGACUCAAAGGUUAGGGUCAUUUGUGCGCGACGUGUUGCGGAUGUGCCAUAAGGUCACCCGCAAUGACACGAGCAGCAAUAAUGGCAGGACAUCAUCCGCAUCGCCGCGCGUUUAUACGACCGUGAUGGCGGUCAUUACGAUCCGAUAUACCCGCGGUUUCGGUCCGUAAAUUUGUUUAACGAUAACGAAAUUGCAAUGUUUAUAAAUAUUGUCCCCGAAAGUUCUAUACCUUUUUUUCGUCAGAUUGUAACAGUGGCGUAUACGGGGGAAAUAUAUGUUCAUAAAGUGUGCGUGUAUGUAUAAGGAGGGGGAGGUGGAGGUAUAAUUGUCGAGGAAGAAUGAAUACGAAAAUUAGUACGCAACAUAAUAUAAUUUAUACCAAUAAUAUUAUUAUUGUCCAGAAAUCUGUCCGAUCGAUGUGCUGAAGUGAUGAGAAUUCUGAAAACAACUCGGCGUUAACAAUAUAUUAUAUAUAGAUAUAUGAGAUCACCGGUCAGGCCACUUUUUCAAAUUUUAGUUCUUGAUUUCCGAAAAUUCCAUAUGAAGAAUUUUAAAAUUUAUAUAAAAUUUAAAAAAAAAUCUAAACUUAAAUUUCACAAAAAAAAAUUAUCCUGACCGAUUUCAUGUAUACGCUUCGCACUGAACUCAAAUUUGUUUCCAGAAUUCUAAUCACAUCGCUACUUCAACCGGACUAAUUGUCGGCAAAUUGGUCUAAAUUGCUCUGUUGAGUAUGAGUUACAAAAAAAAAAAUAUCGAUAUCGAAAAAAUUUAAAUUUUAAAAAUACCCAUAGACAGUUUCAAUUUUUUUAAUAAUUUGAAAAACGUCGACUUAUGUAUUAAUUAUUUUGGGAAGUUAUCUUAAAAUCGGUAAUAAAAAAAUGUCAAUCUUCAAUUAGUUAAAAUUAAAACUAUGAGUUUGCCCGGCAUUAAUUUCGCCUAGUGUAUUAUCGAAAUCGUCAAAAUAAAAUUAAAAUUUACUUUGAAAAUUUAAAAUUACUAAGUACCUAUUAUAGUUUACUUAUAAGUUAUAAUUUUAAAAUCAGAAGUUGAUAACAAUGUUUUCACGGUCUUGAUUAAAAUUCCUACACUUUGCAAUAAUCGAAUAGUUAAAACUUCAAAAAAAAAAAAAAAGAAAUGCAUAAAAUUAAUAAAUCAUUAAACAGGAAAAUCACAGUGAGUCAACUGGACACACGUACCUAUAUUGAUGAUCCGCAGUCACAUCCGUCCCACUUUCACAUAAAUACAUAUAUACGAAGUAUUAUAUUAUGACUCAAUAAUUCCACCCCCCCCCCACUCCCGAAGAAUUUACUAUUUUUUUUUUUUGUAUAGGAAUUAUCGUUUUCGAUUUUGUUCGUUAAUUACAACGCAAAAAUUAACUUCGAAAGAACUAUGUAAUCCUAUUUUUAGUCAUUAGAUAACGUUCGUUUAACUUUUUCAUUUCUAGAAACCCAUCACGCCUCAAACGUUCGAUUGUACGAUUUUUGACAGUAAACUCGAAUUAUUGUCUACGGGUAAUUUUUCUCUUUGCCUAAGUCAACGAAACGCGACAUACCUAUUUGUCAUUAUUAUUAUUUCUUUCGCAAGAUUCAUUUUUAGAUCGGUAUCACUUUAUAAAUAAUUGUUUAUAGAACAAUACUUGAUAGGUACCUAGAUAAUUAUUUAAUAAAAAAAAAACACACACAUUUUAUUCGUCAUUAUUAAAAAAGUAAAACGAUAAUGACUUCUGUCUUAUUUAAAACGAGUUUAACACUUAUUAUAGUAAAUAUCUAUCAUACUUAUAAAACGAUGAUACCGUAUAAUGUUGUAGAUCAGUGUUUCUCAACCUGGAGGCCGCCAACUUAUUAUUUAAGGUCGCCAAAAAUAUAAUAUAUAUAUAUAUUUAAGGGUCGCUAAAAAAAUUAAAUAUUCGUAUAGGGGGUGGUGGCGGCAAAAGUUCGAGAAACACCGUUGUAGACGAUAAAAAAAAAAUGUAAAUUAUUGUUCCAAUAUCCUUCAUAGUGAAUAGAGACCGAACAGGUGCGAACAAGUUCCGAUAAAAGACGUAAAUUGAUAAACGUGAUAUGAAAACAAUAAUAAUUAGUAGACCGUCUGCGUUCUUUAUCGCACGCACAUUACCUGCGUAUGUAUUGAUGUUUUGAUCCGCGAGCGACGAGUGUGACGUGUAAACAUCGGCUAUUUUGCAUUGAGCACGUGACCUUAAAUUUCGUACGUCCGUGAUCGUAUUAACACGGCUGUAAAUGAACUAAAAAAUAUUAUUUAUUUAUCUAAUCUGAAUGCAUUUAUGCGGUAAGUAAACGAUACACAAUAAUAACUUCUUUAAUAUAUAAAUCGGAUAUUGGCGUCUAUAUUGUAUACGUACAUCUGUCUACCGACUAUAACCGUAUAAAAAUUAGACUAGAUCAACAGUCUGUAGAAUUAUAUAUAUAUAUAUAUAUGUUGUAUUAUAUUAUGAUCGUAGUAUUUCUGGCUAAUUAUAGCCGUUGGAUUAACGUGUUUUUGGCCAUCCUUGAGACUCGAGACGUGUUCAAAAAUUAUUCAGCAUAAUGUCCAAACCGUUUUCGUAUUACACGGACGGUAUUAGGCGCUUAGAACAAAAUCAUACUUAUUCAAAACUAUAGAACGGAAUUGUCGAAUAACAUGAAUGUAAAUAAUAAUUGUUUAAAUUCACUUAUUCCUCUAUACGUAUGUAUUACGUAGUGGAUAUAGAGCGUAUAUAUGAGCGAAACGAGGAAUGUAUGUUUUUACUGUAAUGUAUGCGAUUUUUUUGUUUUUUUUUUUUUUUGUCUGUCUGUCUGUCAACAACUUUUCUAACGAAAAUAUUGAUCCAAACAAAAAACGACAAGAGACCUUAUCGGAUUUUGAAUGUAAUUAGUGUAACAGAGAAGUUGUUUAUUUUCCCAACGCUUUUUAUAAUAAUUAGAAAAAAAACCAGAUAGGAAAAACGGACAAAUAUUUGCGGAGUUAACGAUUUUAUUAGGCAAAAUGUUGUCUUCUAAUACAGUCAGAUUUUGAUUUUUGUAAUAAUUGAUCAAAAAACGAGAACGUUUACAACAUUAAUGGUUUCAAUAUUUUUGAAUAUUUUUUUUUUUUAAAUAUUUUGGAGAUUUUUAAGCUAAUUAUAAGCAUUUAACAUUUUCAACUUUUUGUUUGGUUUUAGGUCGAUAUAAUUUUCUUUUAAAAAAAAUCCUUGAAAAUGUACACAAUGUUCAUUAUAGUUAGAUAUUACUUGGUGGAAAAAGAAAAAAAGUUGAGCAUUUUAAAAGUUUUAUAUAUAAAAUAAAUAAUUUUAUGUAUUGUAUCUUUCCCACUUACAACAGUGACACCGCACACAUCCCUAGUAUCGGCUCUUUUUUUUAUUAUAUAUUUUGUAUUUGAUUGAAUUUUGAUUAACAAGCUAAUAUUGAGGAUUACAAAUCUGUGUAUAGUAGCUGCAGUUUAAUUAAGUAUCAAAAUAGAUUUUAUGCAUUUUUCAAAUGCCUAGUUUAGAGUCAUAAAAAUCAUUUAAAAUCAUAGCAUUUUUGGGGGGUAUGAUAGUCUAAUAUAGCCAAUAAGUAACAAUUUUUUUUUUAAAAAAGACGCAUAUUUACUAAAAUCACAACUUAUUUGCGUACAUAUUUUUCUUUCCACUUAUAUAGAAUUAAGACUCAGUGAAUAUUUGAAUUUAUCUUGUGUGGUUAAAAAUAUGCUUUUGUUGUGCUAUGUGUUUAUAAAUGUUUAUAGUUGAUAACAUUACGGUAAAAAAUGAGGAAAGCGAUCAUUUGAAUCUUUCAUUUAUUUUAAUUAUCUACUUCAAAGAUUUAUCUUGGAAGCGGUUCACGAAUUGUUCAUGUAGGCCAAUGGUUCUCAACCUUUACUGAUUCAUGUCACCCUUAUCCACAAUAAUCCAACACUGAAUCGCCCUACCAAUGCAUAAUCCAUUUAAAUUAUAGGAAAUUAUAGCAGCGGUAUAGUUGAAAAGUGAGUGGUGGAGAGGGAUCAUACUAUGAUGUUCGGACGGUGUUAGUAGUUAGAUGACGGCGACGGUAGCAAUACGAUAUUAUUCUAAAAAAUUUAAAAAUAAAAAAGUUCUCUUAUUUUUUUUUUCUUUUCUCCGAUGAUUUUAUGUCAUUUCUCACCUUUACACUGAGUCCAUGUCACUCCGGUUAAGAACCACUGGUGUAAGUAUGUGCACCUAUUCGAAUAUUCAUAUUAUUUAUUUUCGUCGAUAGUUACUAACAUUAUUUUUUAUUGAUUUUAAUUUAGGUUUAAUUCUAAUCAUAAAUCCUUUAUAUCAUUGUCUGCAUGUGUGCAGGUAUAUAAUAACAUGCAUACAUAAUCGUAUAAACGUGUAGCAUAAUAAUAUUAUUGUGUAAGCGAGUGGUUAAUUUUAUUAGGUUACUUUUUGUGCGCAAACGAGUUCCAGGAUUUAAUUGAGAAAUUUUAAAAUGUGCGCAAACUUGUAGUUGUAACCCGUUUCGAGUGAAUUAAGUUUUCAAUUAGGUGGCCACCAUUUCCCAAGUUUCUCCUAAGUACGUCUCUAGAUAGUGUUACGGGCGAAACAAUUAUUAUAGUAUACAGUAAGUAUCAGGUACUUACAACUAUAAUUUGCUUUACAUAACCGUCGAAAUUCUCAAAUAUUAUGGCCUAAUAUGUGUACAUUAAGGGCAAUUGUAUAAACUUAAAAUGUAUCAUUAUUUAUUUCAAUUUUAUUUAUUUUUUUCUAUACAAUAAUGGCUUCCAUCACGUAUUAUUUCAACUAAUAAAUAUAAUAUUAAAUAAAAAAUUACCGCGGAUAAGUACAAAUUCACACGUGUAUGUAACCACAAAACGUGUGCAUUUUAUCAUAAUAUACGAAUUUUACUAAUUGUCACUAAUAUUAUUAUAUAGGUACUAGUUAUACAGUAAUAUUUUACAUAUUUUAAACUUCUUAUUUUUAUACAAUUAUUUUAAAUUACUUAUGAUGAAAUCCGUGACUUCAACGCUGUAUAAACUGUAUCCAUAAAAUUCUAAGGCGCAUUAGUAAAUAUAUUCGGAACUAAAUAUUUUAUCGAUUACUGGAAAUUUUUUUUUUUUUUUUUCAUCACAUCUUAGGAUUUUUAUUAUUACCUUUUUUCUUAUACGAUAUACCUACCUUGAAGUAACUAUUAACAAUUUAUUACCUACCAUGUUUUGUUAUUAUUUAGGCAAGUACACACAUUAAUAUACACGCACAUACACAAUUACUUACACGACAUGAAAACUACCGAGUAUUAAUAAUCGUAACCCAUAAUUCCAGUUAAAAAUUAAAAAAUAUAUGUAUAGAUUAAGUUAGGUUCUGUGUUAGGUAUCUAGGUAUUUAAUAUUUCAGAAAAAAAAUAAUGAAUUUAAAUAAAAAUAUUUUUCAAAUAUCUCUUUUUCUAAAUUUAUUUUUUAUCGUGAUUAACCUGUAAUUUAAAUACCAGCUAUAAUAUUCUGCUUAUAAUUAAACUAUAUAAUUAUUUAUUUAUAAAUAAAUAAGUAUAAAAUUAAAACACAAUUGGAUAGUUGGAUUGUAAAAAAGUUUUAGUUAGUAGAAACUAUUAGGCAAAUGAUAAUAAGAGGCAUAAAGCUAUAAAUUAUUUAUUUGAUGGAAUGACGGUUUUUGACUAUCAAAUUAUUUGUAAUAGGAGCGAAUUGUAAAAUAAAAAAAAAUUUGAACUCCUGUAGUAAUUUAAAAAUAGAUGAUAACCUCCCACUCUAUUUACGUCCUUGAUUGUAAGAGUAUCUACCUAUAUGUUUGAAACACCAAUUAGAUCGCAUUAAGUACGAGAAAUCGGAUGAACUUAAAUAAAAUAUUAUAAUGUUAAAUAUUUGGACCUCUCAUCUAAUACAAACAAAUCAAAUACUAUAUUGCUAACUUACUAUUGUUCUGAGUAUCAGUUUAUUCGAUAAUAAAAGUUUUAGGAUUCUAAACAUAAGUUUUGAACAUAUCCCCGUUGUUGUGUCCGUCCGACUAUAUAUAGUUAAUAUAAAGUACAAUAUAGUGAAGGUUGUUUAUUUGACUGACAAGGAGAUGCAUAUUAUUACUACAUUAUUAUUAUUAGGCGUCAUUAUUAAUUUGAAUAUGAGUAUUAAAUAUGAAAAGGCUGAUAUAUUGUUGAUAUAUCGUGCCACAGUUUAAGGAGGAAAAUUGUAAGAGAACAUGUACUUAGAGUAAUUCAAUUUAUAUCUGUAAACAAAAAACGAUUCUGAAUAGAGUAUUAUUAGCCGUAUGUUUCUCUUGUUGUCAAGAUAACAAAGAACAAUACAAAUUGUACAAAAUUAGCGAGUUUUUCUCAUUUAUUAAAAAAACUUCAAAGAAAAUUGAAUAAUGACUACCAAUCUAUCAACGAAAUAAAAAAAAAAUGCUAAAAACUAUUUUUAAUUGGACUAAGGUUUCUGGUAGAAAAAAUGUUUACGGACAGAAAAAAAAAUUCACACACUAAACUUCAUAACAUGAUAAAAUCAAUAGGUACCUACAUAAAAAUUUACCAAAAUAUAAAUAGGUAAGAAUUUCAAAAAUGUCCUGACAAUAAUUUACUAAUGAAGAUUUUUAAUUUAUUUAAGUUUCUAUAUAUCAUACGCAUAAUAUAUUAUAUUACCAAAUUCUUUCGAAAUUGUAUAUAACCGGGUACUUUGCACGUUCGCAGAGUGGACUUUACUAAUUUUGUUUUUUUUUUCAUACAGAUGUAAAAUAAUACUUAUCCUUUUCGGUCACCUUUGACUUGAUUUAUCUGUGUAAAUUAAACGAUAAUUUGAAAUUUAUGUUUUAUACGGUUUAUAGGUUUGGGUGAGCGCCGUCGGUCAGAACCUGAGUUCGAUCGGUAUCGCUUUCGGUCUGGUCAUAUCGUUCGCUUCGUACAACCGUUACAACAACAACAUAUUGAUAGACACGGUGACGAUAUCGGCAAUAAAUGGCUUGUCAAGUUUUUCCGUGGGAUUGUUCACGUUCGCCACCUUGGGCAGUAUGGCCAAAGAGUACGGAAAGUCCGUGGAAGACGUUAUACCGGACGGUAAUAUAAAAAUGCAUUCAUAUUACGCAACCGAAAUUCGCAAAAAAUUAUUAAUUCGCCUAAUCCAAACCGUUGUGUUGUGUCACCAGGACCUGGAAUCGUGUUCAUAUUGUUCACAAAAGUGCUGUCCGGCAUGCCGUAUUCCACGUACUUUUCGAUGCUAUUUUUCUUCAUGAUGUUUUGCCUGGCCCUGAACAGUGAGGUAUUUAUAAUCAUAGCGCUAACUGAUAUUGUUCUAUGAUGCAAUAUAGUAAAACCAUACUAAAUAUCAUAUAAUUUGACCACUAAUUCAUUAGUAAACGUAUAUAUUUAAAAGGUUAACACCCGAAUUCGUCAGAUCAGUCAGUUUCAAAUUAGUGCCGAUAAUUUUAUGUUGACGUUGUUAGUUGGUUGUAAAAUAGAAAUACUGAAACUGAUUGGGCGAAUUUAGGUAGCCACUUGAAUUUAAUACCCCCAUAGUUAUGCCUAAAUGGAACAAAAAUUAUAAACUAUAAAAAGGUAGCUCUCAUUUAAAUGCAGUAGUGUAGCCAGUGCCGGCGCUAGGGGAGGGCAAAUGAGACUUAUGUCCAGGGCCCUGCGCUCGUUUCGGUUUUAUGGGCCCCACAGUUUAUUAUUAUAUAAGUAUACAAUCAUUAAUUACCUAUACUGAAGUCACCACUGUACUAAAGCAUUGUCCAGGGCCCCACAAAACCUAGCACCACCACUGGGCGUAGCCAGGAUUUUGAAUUUGGGAGAGGAGAGUUAAAUACUUUUUUUGAACGUAGCUUUGUUAUCAAAAAUGAUAAAAAAACUUAAAAAAAAAUUAUUAAAUGAGAAUGUAUUAUGUUUAAUGUCUUGACAUAUCUUAUAACUUACUAUACUUACUACACUCCUUUGACAGAGAAUUUUGAAGAAAGACAAUAAUUAUAUCAAUUUUAUAAAUGCCUUCUGUUUUAUUUAUAAAUACUAGCCAUGAUUAAUCCAUUUAUAUUUUAUUUUCUGGCAUAAUUCUCCUCUUUACAUACGUUUCCAUACUGGUCUACGUAGAAAACGAUCUGCAUUUAGAAGUGGAAUAACAGGAAGCGUAGUUUCCGUAAUUUAUCGUAAAAUAUUAUACGAGCAGGGAGGGGGGUACUAAAUCCCUCUUAGACCUCAUUAGCUAUAUACGCUUUUGUUUAAUUAAAAAUAUUAUAUUGUAUAUUUAUUUUGGAUUUUAGUUCGCCAUCGUUGAAGUCGUGGUGACAUCCAUACAGGAUGGGUUUCCGUGCGCUGUCAAAAAAUAUCUAGUCUGCCACGAACUGUUAGUAAUGGUUGUUUGCGUUGCUUCAUUUGUACUUGGAAUUCCACUCGUCACACAGGUUUGAAAAUUAUUAUUUAAAUCUAAUUUAUAACGAUUUUGUAAAAAUGUGAAUAAUACCUGUACUAUUUUUCUUUUGUUUAUGAUUUGUUGAUCCUCUUAUACGGAAUGUUUUAUUGAGUUUUUUAUUUUAACUGCAUCCCCUUUAUUUGCUUUGUUUUACUCCUCGCAGGGUGGUAUAUAUUUGUUCCAAAUAAUUGAUUAUUACACUUCAACGUGGUCGGUAAUUUACAUUGCUUUCUUUGAAGUUAUUGCUGUAUCUUGGAUGUAUGGAGCUAAUAAAAUGACGCAGGAAAUCCAUAGAAUUACUGGAACAAAACCUAUGUGGUUUUUCAAAUUUAGUUGGUAUUUUACAACCCCGCUUUUACUCAUGGUAAGUACAAUACAUGUAUUAUUAUUAGCUAACCGACAUAUCAAUAAGUGGUUUUUUGGGGGGAACGGUAACUUCUCUUGUAUUCUCAGAUAUAUAAUAUGCAUCUAAUUUAAUCGUUAUGCGUGAUAGAACUAAUCGAAGCUUAACAUCUAUAUUACCUAAAUUAUGAAACCCACUUAUUUUUUUUUUUUAUUUUUUUUUUUUUUUUAGUUUGUAUGGAUUUUCAGUUUAACAGACUACGAGCCACCGACCUAUAUGCACGGAACCCGAAGUUUUCCUGUCUGGACUCAUAUAGUGGGAUGGUGCAUGGUUAUGAUCUCAUUGGCAUGUAUACCCGUAGUAUCGGUUUAUACGUUCCUACAUUCCGAAGGAAUGACAUUUUACCAGGUAAAAGCUAAAUUAGCGCUGAAACUGCAUAGAUAGUUCUAUCAAAAAAUUGUUGAAAAAACAAAAUUAUAUAUAAUAGGCGGCAAGAGCGGAUUAGAAAAACAUUUUGUCGUGAAAACCUGUAAGGCAAACCUUAUGAGACAUUUUAUUAGUAUUAUAUUUUGAACAACACGAUUGAUUUACAAGGAAAAUAAAUAAAUGUCACAAAUUGUUUGUAUUCGAAUUUUUAAUGGUACCUUUGAUCACCGUUUGGAGUAUAGAAAAAAUUCCCAAACUCCUGGUGGGAGAAUUUACCCGGUUAGGAAUGGGGUAUUUUGUAUUAUAGUUAAAAUCAGUUAAUUAUACGUACAGUUAAUACUAGUAAAUAAUAAAUAUGUAUAAUGUUAAUAAUAAUUUUUGUUUGUAUGUAUAGAAACUGAACAAAUCAAUAAAACCCAGAUCAAAUGAAUUUGGUGAAUUGCCAGUCGGAUCGAAAGACAACUUAAAAGAAAUGGACACUCUCAUCGAAUGCAAAAUGACUCAAAUUCCACCAAUUGUUGUCUUUCCAGAAACAGAAACUGUUCAAAAUACAGUAAUAAUGAAUGGCCAUUGAGUACAUAAUAUAGAUAUUUGUGAUUGUUAUUCAAUAAUAAUAUUACCUAAAUCUAAUCUGUUUUACUGUUUUAACUCUUUUAAAUUUUAAAUUAUAUAACACUCACAUUCCAUGCCUAUAUAAAGUGAUAACUAAACACAGCUAAUAACAAUUAAAUGUGCCCAUAACUCUAAAUAUUUAUUGUAAGUUGAAUAUAAAUUAUUAUUUGAUUAAAUUAUUUGGUUUGUUUGAUUCGCAAUCUUGUAAAACUAUUGAAUACGAAUACUUAAAUAUUAUUUAAGUAUUUUAGAUUCGGCGCGUAGCGAGAAAUGUAUUGGUUUUACAGUGAUGUUUACUUUUGUAUUUUUAUUUUUUUUAUCUAUAAAAGACUAUUCUACCAGAAAUCUUGCUCCGAUUUUCAAGUUUAGUACCUUUUUUAAAAUUAAAUUUUCUCUAGUUGGUGCAUUAAGUAGGUCAUUUUUAAACCUAGACCUGUUAUUGUACUUAUCAUAACUUAUCAGAUUUAUAUAGCUGUAUUACCCGGCUUCGCCUGUGGGCAAUUUUGUAGCUUACAUUUUUAACAUUAUUAUAUUACCUGUAUAUUGAAAUUGUCAUAUCAUGUUUGUAAAUAUACAAAUUUAAAGUCUAAAUAAUUUUGUAUAAUUUGUUGUUAUAAAAAUUGUACAGUUUUUGCCUGUGACUUUAUUCACAUUUUCAUUCUUUUUUUCUUUUUUUUAAUGACUCGCGCGCUACCUAUUUGUAAAAAACGGAAACCUAUUUAAAUCAAAUAUCCAU